CCCGCCGUGCCCGCAGUGCCCCCGGACCUGUCCCCCGAGGAGCGGCGGGAGCUGGAGUCCAUCCGGCGCCGGAAGCAGGAGCUGCUGGGGGAGAUCCGGCGCCUGCGGGACGAGCUCAGCGAGGCCAUCAGCGAGGUCGAGGGGCUGGAGGCCAGCGAGGGCAGCAAGACGCUGCAGCGGAACCGGAAGAUGGGGAUGGGCCGCAAGAAAUUCAACAUGGACCCCAAAAAGGGGAUCCAGUUCCUGGUGGAGCAGGAGCUGCUGCGGCACACGGCCGAGGACAUCGCCCGCUUCCUCUACAAGGGCGAGGGGCUGAACAAAACGGCCAUCGGAGACUACCUGGGGGAGAGGGAGGAGUUUAACCUGGGCGUGCUCCACGCCUUCGUGGACCUGCACGAGUUCACCGACCUCAACCUGGUGCAGGCGCUCAGCUCGUGGUUAAAAAUGUGGAAUUUUAGGCUUUUCGAUGUAAACCCCGCGUGUUUUGCGUUGUUUUCCCGCUGAAAUUCGGGAUUUUGGGUUUUCCCAGACACGUGCUACGUGCUCUCCUUCGCCGUGAUCAUGCUGAACACGAGUUUGCACAACCCCAACGUGCGCGACAAACCCUCGGCCGAGCGCUUCGUGGCCAUGAACCGCGGCAUCAACGACGGCGGCGACCUGCCCGAGGAGCUGCUCCGGAACCUGUACGAGAGCAUCCGCUCGGAGCCCUUCAAGAUCCCCGAGGACGACGGCAACGACCUGACGCACACCUUCUUCAACCCCGACCGCGAGGGCUGGCUGCUCAAGCUGGGAGGGGGGCGGGUGAAGACGUGGAAGCGCCGUUGGUUCAUCCUGACCGACAACUGCCUCUACUACUUCGAGUACACCACGGACAAGGAGCCGCGGGGAAUCAUCCCGCUGGAGAACCUGAGCAUCCGUGAGGUCGAGGAUCCGCGCAAGCCGCACUGCUUCGAGCUCUACAUCCCCAACAACCGGGGCCAGCUGAUCAAGGCCUGCAAGACGGAGGCGGACGGGCGCGUGGUGGAGGGGAACCACGCCGUGUACCGCAUCUCGGCGCCCACGCGGGACCAGAAGGACGAGUGGAUCAAAUCCAUACAGUGAGCCCGGAAUUCCCGGAAAAAAUUCCCAAAAUUCCCGAAAAUUAUCCGGGGGGUUUUCAA